ACGUCUGUGCCGCACAACGUUCGCAGCGCCAUAGACAGUAUAUUAUAAUAUUAUUCCAAACGCGAAUCCCUCCGACGUGCUCGUGUACGUGCAUUACGCCAUUCGUACAUAAUAUAAUAUAAUACUAUUGCGAUUUCGUUCAUCUCCUCGAUAAUAGCACAACAGUAUUAAUAUCGCGCUAGUAUACCUGACCUACGGUUGCUCUGCCGCGCGACCACCGCUGCCUGUCAGCUAUACCUGUAAUCGCACCCCGCAGAGAAAACCCGGCCGCUUCCGACGAUUAGGGGAUAGGACCGGAAGCGGGCAUUUCAGUUACCACCGGAGUCUAAGUUUUGUUUUUCUCGUGCGUUUCUAAAUACGAUCGCUUUACCGACGCGUCCGUCCCGUUCCGGUCUCAAGUGACAAAGCCGACACAUUUCUACACCCGAGGUUUUCAAAACUAAUGUAAGAUUCAGACAUGGCGGGUACCGAUACCCGGUGGCUGGUGAUCCUGUGUUUGCUCUCUGCAGCGCAAUGUGUUCCUUCCAGGGUUACGUCUCAAUCGGAAACAGAUUCCGAAGAUUCAAGAAGAGUUCUUGGUUCAAGUGUGGUAACAUCAGUAUCUGUGAUAAUGGAUCAUGGAAAUGGCACCAAAACAUAUUUUGCUGAUGGACAAAGUAAAAACAUACAUAAACCUACAGAUACCAUAAUCGGUAGUCCUGGUAAUUUAUUAUCACCAGACCGCUAUGAGUUUUAUACGUUUGACGAAACGGGUGAUUUAGUUAAACGGUUAAUGACAUUGGAUGAAAUACAUGGUUUAAUAGCUGGAGCAGAUCCAGAAUCAGUGAUGGCUGACGCUUCCCCUACAUAUUAUCAUGAUGCACUAUCAAGUCAUUCAUCAGAAGCACUUAUGCACUUACCCGCUUCAGAUCUCGAAUCACUAGAUGCACCAGCAGUUCACAAGGUUCUGGAAAGUGUACAAAAUGUACUGAAAAAUGAAAUGGCUGCUAACUCAGGCAAACCCAUUCCUUCUAUGUCAAGCACAUCUUUACAUCGCCCUGAUUCAGCGUCAGCGUGGUCAGCCUUAUUCCCAGGACUAAUUGAAACUCCAGAUGACGUAGCUCAUCUUUCCGGAUACUUGCUUCCGUCCAAAACAACUGAGUCAAUGGACAUUCCAUUGACUAAAAAACCAUUGUCAUCUACUAAGGCACCGUUAGUAUCAAUGCAACCUCAAUCGACGACACUUAAAUUGCCACAGUCAUCUAUAAAAACGCAAGUAGCCACUACAACAGAAAAAGUGAGGUCAACACCGAAAUACUCCACUGUCAAACCUGAAGUAACAACAAAAUUCACUCAAACACAAUCAACAACACACUCAACAAUACACUCAACAACACAGUCACCAACAAAGUCAACAACACAGUCACCAACACAGUCAACAACACAGUGGACAACACUUAAACCAGCAACGACUAAAAAACCUUUUAGGCCAGUGCAGUCAUUUGAGAAACAAAAGCCAGCACUACAAAAACCUAUUUUAAUGUUGCAUUCAACUGCUAAACCAUCUAUUAUGGCAGAUAGUCUUGAGAUAAAUAAAGAAAUGUCAGCUUCUAUAUCAGAUAUGCUGUCGCAAGUGACUGACAAUCAAUCGUCCAACCACAAACCUUUACAGACUAAUGAUUUAGUAGAAAAAGAUAGUACAGCAGAUUAUGUACCAGAAGAGAGUUCACCAGAAUUAAGCUACUACAGUCCAAUAGCAAUGUCAUUGAGCACUGGUGGUUCUUUGAAACCAGUUACCGAAGCUUUGACAUCAGCUAGAAAACCUCCAAUUACAAUGACGUAUAAAACUUCAACUACAGAUAAGCCAUUUUCGCAAAAGACCACCCCUACCAUCACAGCAACACGAUUUGCACCACCCAAGUCUAAUGUGACUAAACCUCGACCAUAUGCAAAUGCUACGACAGCCUCUUAUAUGACAAAGCCAUCAUCAAUUAAUAAAUUUAAUGCGACUACUGUUUCAACUACGAGAAAUAACUACCAGUACCCACCAAGUAACAUGUCAACUAAAUAUAUGCAAAAAAUUACACAAACCACUCAAGCUUACCCAAAUAAAUUAAUUGACAGUUUCGUAAAAGUUGUUAACAAAACGAUAAACAAUGCAACCCUUAGCGUGAAAAAACCAAUAGACACAUUUUGGAAUUCCACCGAGGAGACGAAAAAUAAAUUCGUCAAAGAGCCCGUUAAAGUUUUCCAGACUAAAGUCACUUCAAAUCGACCAAAUGGCAUAAAUCGAACGAAUGUCACUCUGUCAAAUCGCAUACAAGAAUUAAAAACUACGGCAAUUCCAAAUUUCGGAUAUGGUUCAUCUACAACAACGGUUCGUAGUCAAACAGAACCCGAUAAAUAUGUAUCAGUGAAAGUAGAAGAAUGGCCAAUGACCGCUCAACAUCCAACCGCAUACCCUUCGACUACUCCAUACAUGAGUACCGAAAAAUCGUUCUUUUCCAGCAACAGUCAGCCACUGAACUCUGUUACAGACGCUAACGUCAUUAGAGAUUUAAUAUCGUCUUUUAUGACUAAAUCGUCAACAGCUUCCAGCGUCUCUACUAGUACCGUAUCUCCAACCACUGUUAGCGCUCAACCAACGUUCACUGCCUCCAUGUCGACUACAACACCGUCAGUGGUAAAUACUAUAACUGGAAUUCCGGCAUCGAUGAUCUCGUCUUCAGUUGGAGAUUUAGUGACAACAACAACAACAACAACAACAACUACGACGACUGCAACAACACCUACUACAACAACACCAACUACAACACCAACUACAACACCAACUACAACAACACCAACUACAACACCAACUACAACAACACCGACUACAACAACGCCAACUAUAACAACCACAACAGAAACAGCGGCAGUUACGAAAUUGGAAACCACAACGGCAAAAGUAAUGGAAGCAGUAAAAACCGCUGUGGAAGCUGCAGAUACAGGUGUAACUGUAGUGACGACGACUGCGGCUUCAACGAGCGCAGCAAGUACGACGACGAUCGGUACGACGGCUGCUCAGAUAACAACAGGUACACCGAUAUCACAGACAGCAGCUAUUUUAGCAGUAGAUUCGAUAGUGUCCAGCACGGGGGCUAGGACCACGGCUAAUGCGACCGAGGUCACGUUUACAACACCAGAAUCGGAAACUCAGUACGUUCCGGUCACACAUUUCCUUCCGGAAUUACAACUGAAAGACAGACCAGAAACCGAAAGCAACAACAGUGCGCCCGGCGUAGACCUGAUGCUAAAAGAUGGUAUAAAUGCCGUGGCUAGCAUGUUGCAAAACACACAAAAGCCGGCGGUGGCGACGGGUCUUGAAACGGAGUACCAAGAAAUUGGCGAGCGCCCCUACGAGAAAUUGUCUUCGGCUGAGGGAAAACAAUCAUCCACUGAACAAGCCAGCCGAAAGCAGGCGACGGUUAAGUCGGACUAUGACGAGACCACCACAUUUGCCGUGUCCGAGAACGCGGCCACGCAGGACUUUUACGACUUCACUACGAAUUCAGCAGAGUUGAUUACCAAGUUCCCGGAGCCAAACGACACGAUUGCUGCAGAAUCGGUGACCACCAAUGACACAGAAGAGGUGUUGCGCAAUUCAGAAUCUGGCGUGGAAAUGUUGACUGUGUUUAAUGUCAGCUCCACUGGUGGUCCCGGGCAAGUGGCCAAACUGGAAGAUUUAUCAUCGGAAACGCAAGUGUUUUUCGACACUACUACGCCAUUUGAAAACCGUGGUGCCGUUACCAAUCCGGAGAUCGGCAACGAAGAAUCAGUAACCACAACGUUCACCCCUUAUAUCGCGCCGGUGACGAGGGAGGUAACAAUGUCAACUGCAACCAUGCCAUCCACAUCGACCACCACGAUACUACCAUCACCGACGCCAUCAGUGAAAGCAGCAAUAGCAACAGCAGCAACAGCUACAGUAUCAACAACAUCAGCAGCAGCAACAGCAUCAGCAGCAGCAACAGCAUCAGCAGCGGUAACAGCCACGACGGUAGAAUCUGAAGUCCAAAAUUCGAUGACGGCAGUAUCCGAAAACUCUACGGCGGCCGCGACAAACUACACCACUUGGUCCACGCCAGCCACGGUCACUCUGCCGCCAGCAGUAAAAUCGCCUGGACCGUCGUCCAAUGCUUAUAGACCACAGAUGGCCAACAGUGCGUCUCCGUCCACAGUUGAACUGCAUCCUGCGCCACACGAGAGUAUGGGCAUGGAAGCGAGUGUAGCGUUUUUGGGCGAUGAUGUGCGCCGAUUUGCUGACCUUUGUAACGAGUUGUCAUUCAAGAUGUGGACAGCCGUUACCGGAAAAGGUCAGAUAGCCUCUAGAAGUCUGGUACUGUCUCCGUUCGAGCUGACUGCUAUGCUGGCCAUGGUAUUCCUAGGUGCCCGUGGUUCUACUUCCGGUCAAAUGAACGACGUGCUUAGGCUUGAUGACAUGGUCACGUUCAAUCCUCACCAAGUGCUCAGAAACAUAACGCACUCAAUAACCAAUAUCAACAAUCCAGGUGUGGCCACUGCGUCUUUUGUCCGGGAAAUCUACAGCCACAAGGGAAAUGGAAAAAUACUAGAAUUCUAUAAAGAACGAGUACAGCAGUAUUACGAUGGACACGUAGAGGAAGUAGACUUCAAUACGAUAGGAGACGUUUUAAGAAGACGAACAAAUUUAUUAGUCAAAAGACAAACUUUGGGUCGUGUUGUGGAAUAUCUUCGUGGUUCUGGGUUGAGUUUGACACCACCAUUCGCCGCAUUCAGUGCUAACGUAUUCCAGACGAGCUGCGAGAGCGCCUCCACCGAGGGCAGGGACGGCGAAAUGUACUUCGUGGUGAGGCCGUCGACCAGACAACGGCGCCUGGUGCCAGUGCCCGCGGCCGUGUGGCGCGGUGGAUUCCUGGCCGGCUACGAGCCCGGGCUGGACGCAACGGCCGUUUGCCUGGGCCCGGACUCGGCGGUGUCCACCAUACUGGUGCUGCCGGGCCAACAGGGCCAGGUGGCCCCGGGCGACGGCCUCGCCCGGUUGGAGCAGCGGCUGAUCGAGACGUCGUACCGUCGGGGCGGCUGGUCUCGGGUGCUCCGGAGCCUGUUGCCCAGACCGGGGCUCGAGCUGCAGGUGCCUAGGUUCUCGCAUCGAUCCGUGCUGAACGCCACGGCCGCCCUGCAGAAGAUGGGCCUCCGGGACGUGUUUAGCGACCAGAAGGCCGACCUGCGCGGCGUCAACGGCCUGUACGACCUGUACCUGUCCGACAUGUUGCAGGUGAACACGUUCAGCACGUGCGGCGAGGACACCAUCGGCGCCCGGCACCACGUGGAGACGUACCCGGCGUCGCCGCAGCGGAUGGGCCGUGCCGGCCACGAGAGCGGCCCGGGCAGCGACCACGGCGACGGCCACGGGAGCGACGACGAGAGCGUCCGCGACGGUGGUCGCCGGAAGCGCAACGCCGAAGACCUGCCGCUGCACAGCCCGUACUCGCAUUUGCCGCUCAACCUGCGGCCCAGACAGGCGCGGCUCCCGGACGUGCCGAGGCUCCGGUUCGACAGGCCGUUCCUUUACCUGGUCAGGCACAAUCCCACAGGGAUGAUCAUCUACCUGGGUAGGUUUAACCCGAGGCUGUUGCCGUGAACCAUCGUAACGGUUAUAUUAUAAUAAUUAACUAAAUCAUCAUUAUUAUUAUUAUUAUUAUUAUUACUAUUGAUAAGACAUAAUAUUAUAAUUUUACUAUGUGUACACACUAUUACACUAUUGCCAAACGAUAAUAAUGAUAAUUUUUAAGUGAGUUUCAAUUUUUCAAAUAUCAAAUUGACCGCAAGACAUACCUCGUUUGUGGACGGUAAAACAAGCGCAGCGUUCCGUUUUCGACACGAAAAUUUAACUAAUUUAGACAAUUAUAUUAUUGUGUUUGGCAUUAGGUUAUUAUUGGAACUAAUCCAGUCGAUUUCACUGACAUUUAACAAUGAAAAUAAUUAAAAAUUAUCCAUUGAUAUUUUUUAAAUAAUUUUAUGAUCUUGGUAAAAUCGACAUCCUAAACGUUUGUUUAAGUUUAAUAUAUUUCAGAAUUUGAAUGAUAUACAACGAUUUUAUUUUAUACAUUAUAUAUAGGUAUAUUUUGUUUAUACGUACAAUUUAUUAUUAUUAUUUAUAGGAUAUUUUUCAGUUUAUUAUUAUUUUAAUAAUAUUAUACUAAAUGCGUUACUAUAAAACUGUGACACGCUUUGUGAUAUAUAUUUUGGCAAUAACACGAUAAUUAUAUUAAAUAUUAGAUUUUUUAUACGUAAAAUAAGAUUGUUCCUAGUUUUUUUAAGGAAUUGUGUCUAAAUACUUUUUUUAUAUACAGAAUAAGUAAAUCCAUGAUUCCGUUUUUGUAAAUGUUUAUUUUAAAUCAUUUAUAAUAAAUUGUCUGCAAUACACUAAUCAUUAAUGUGCAGUUAAAUUUAUUUUAGUUUUAGUCAAAAUUGUAAUUAUUUAAUUAUUAUUUUUAUAACAAUAAAGAAUUAUACAGGUACCUUA